CCAGAUUUGUGGCACCAUCCCCCUCGUGACACUGCAAGACUAUGUCUGCCCAGGUGCUGAAGAGGAGCCGGCCAGGGGGGCCGCGGCGCCCACGUGGGCAACUCCUGUGCUCGCUCCGCGCCCUCACCUUGACAGGCCAGUGGUACCAGAGCCUGCCCACCGCCUUCCUGGACGACCAGGAUGCCAGCGCCCGGUACGCCAAAGCCAGCCCCAUCCGGGCACCCCUCCAGUCGGUGUCCCCGGAGCAGGAAGGCUUCUUCAACCUGCUGACCCACGUGCAGGGCGGGCGCAUGGACGAGCAGCGCUGCAACGUCCAGAUUGUGCACAAAAGCAGCGCUGACCCGGAGAAGCAGGACAGCCCGAGCCCCCCGCCGGAGAUGGACAAUUUCCUGGACAUGCUGGCGCAGACGCAGAGCCGGCGGAUGGACGACCAGCGCGUCAGCUUCAGCUACCUCCCUGGCUUCCAGAACACCGACCGCCACGCCGCCAGCAAGCCAGCCUCCGGGCCAGCCAAGGAGGGCGAGGAGCCGACCCGUCCGGAAGCCCCUCCUGUCAUGGUGUCUCCAGAUGCACCCAUUGUCCCCACAGAUGACUACUUCUCCCUGAUCAACCGUAUCCAUGGGCGCCAGUUGGACAGCACCAGUGCCAAGCCCAAGAGCCCCCCAUUCAGCGCUAGCCAGACCUAGCUCCCAGGACCCACAACUCCCUCAGAUCCAGUGUCCGGGACCCCCAACCUCCCUCAGCCCCAGUGUCUGGGACCCCCCAACCUAUCCCAGACCCAGCAUCUGGGACGGCCCAAACCCUCCAGAUCCCACAUUUGAGCCACCCUAGACCUAGCACCCCCACUCUCCCCAGUGUCCCCUGCUCCCUACACUUGCCAGUGCCAGUGCACCAAGAACCUCUUUGCUGUUUAUGCUCCUGUUCUCCGUGACCCCCACCUCCCAACAUGCAAUAAAAGGAGCUUUCAUAAGAGCAGGUGUGUGCCGGGCACUCACUGUGGGGCAUCGCGGGGGAGGGGAUGGCUGUACUAGGUCUAGGGGAGCUUCCUGAGUGCUUGGUCUGGGUGGGACUGGGGAUCCCCAGGACACCAAAGCUUGCAAAGGUGAUGUCAGCGCAGCCUGAACAGAGAACAAAUGAGAACCAAACCACCCUGGCAGGAGUCACUUACAGCAGAGGGGGUCUUGGGGCUCUGGUCCCGGGUCUCCAGCAUGGAGGGGGACAGAAAGGGCAGAGCUGGGGCUAGCCUUCCAGACAUGGAGCUCCACCUGCCACCCCAGCCUCUUGUGCAGGAUUUUUAAGACACACUUGGAACUGAAGCAAGGG